AUGGCCUUAGAGAUAUUUACCUACUGCUUCCUCAAGACUGAACCGAGAACCGAUCGGGAGAAGACGAUAAACGAGACGAUGAAUAAAGAUCAGACCAAGGCUGGAAGGCAGAUGGUAUCUGAUCCAGCCAUCCAUAAGAUGGGGAUCCAGAGAUCUGUUGGCUCCAGGCAGAGAUCAGAACCCAUUGGCCAUAAAGUGCGAGAUAAACCCUUUCCAGCAUCUGAUAGUUCAAUCAGCUCUCUCGUCGGUAGUCGGUGGGGAUCGUAG